AUGCGGCUGCUCCCUGGGCUCUUGCUGGCCGCUGCCUUGAGCCUGGAGCUGGGUGAGUCCAAGGGCUUGAACUGUCACCAGUGCAAGGGCUUUGGAGGGUGCACCCAUGCGUCCAGAUGCCCAUCGGGCUCCAACUACUGCGUCAGCAUCGCCACCCGAGUCCCCUUCAGCGUCGCUGACCUACCUCUGGUGACCAAAUCGUGCUACAGUGGCUGCCCGGACAUCUCUACCCUUGGCCUUGGCCCCCACGUGUCCAUCGUCUGCUGCCAGUUCAGCCUCUGCAACAGGGACUGACCGCCCCUCUACCCUCG